CCACAGUAGAGGCAACACAAGUGGUUACUGUAGAGAUUUGAGAUUAUUAUUAUUUAGAUUUGACUGUAUAAAAUGCUCAAAGGUUCUGCCGAGUGUGACAGCUGCUGUUUACAGGUCCUGAAGGUCGUUUAAAGCAUCAAGAGCGGAAAACAGCAAACCUCCCCCUCUGCCAGACUUAGCUUUCCUCUGGAGGAAAAGGGACAGUCGACGUGUGCUGCGGUGGAGGAAAGGUGGUUGACAGCGACACCGAAGCCGUCGCCCAAAAUCUGAGAAAUCUUAUCUCUUGAAGCUGGUUUGCUAAGACGGCAUCACCGCAAAGGUUUCCUGGAGAUUGUGUGGAUAUUUGCGUGGAGGUCAGAGAGUAAAAACCUGCAGCCAUGUCUCCGUUCCUACGGAUUGGGUUCUCCAGCUUUGAGAUGGAUCCCGGUCUGGCUUACCACGAGGAGGUGCUGAACCCGUACUGUGCUGUUUACAUGAAGGAGGCCAUUGACACAGAAAAGGGCCAAGUGCACAAGCAGAAGAAACCCACCAUGUACCCGCCAUGGAGCACCACGUUUGAUGCCCACAUCCACCGUGGUCGCAUCAUGCACGUGAUGGUGAAGGACCGCACGGCAGAGCUGAAGUCUGAGGCCACGGUGGCUCUGGACUCGCUGGCAACGCGAUGCAAGAAGGAGAACGGCAAGCUGGAGAUCUGGCUGGAGCUGAAGCCACAGGGCCGCCUGCUGAUGGAGGCCAAAUACUAUCUGGAGAAGAGUGACGCUGCAGGUCAGACUGAGGGAGACCCAGAGUCCGAACCAGAGAGGGAGGGGCUGUUUGCCCUCCAUCAGCGGCGAGGUGCCAUCAAACAGGCUAAAGUCCACGUUGUCAAAUGUCACGAAUUCAGCGCCACGUUCUUCCCUCAACCGACCUUCUGCUCCGUCUGCAAAGAGUUUGUCUGGGGUCUUAACAAGCAGGGUUACCAGUGCAGACAGUGCAACGCAGCCAUUCACAAAAAAUGUAUAGAUAAAGUAAUCGCUAAAUGCACGGGUUCAGCCAUUAACAGCAAAGAAACAAUGAUCCACAAGGAGCGCUUCAAGAUCGACAUGCCCCACAGGUUUAAGGUCUACAACUACAAAAGUCCCACUUUCUGUGAACACUGCGGUACUCUGCUGUGGGGGCUUGCCAAGCAGGGGCUCAAAUGUGAGGAAUGUAGCAUGAACGUCCAUCAUAAAUGCCAGAAGAAAGUCGCCAACCUCUGUGGGGUCAACCAAAAACUGAUGGCUGAAGCUCUGGCUAUGAUCGAGAGUAAACAGCAGGCCGAUGCUGGUCCUACCUUUUGUCAGGCCAGAAGCACCAGAGAAAGUGAAAUCAUUGGUCGAGAAGGCCCAGUAGGUGUUGGCCAGCCGGGCGUGGUCCGAGCUCCUUCUGGGUUAGUAACGGGUGUACCAGCCACAGCUACACCUGCGAACAAAGACUAUCAGGGUGUGUCAUGGGACGGACCGACUGACGUCGGCAGGUCGAUCACUGAGGCGCUGACAGAAGAGCCUCUGUACGCUGUUCCCAGGAAGGAGCACCAACCCAAAUUCACCAUCGAUGACUUUGUUCUGCACAAGAUGCUCGGGAAAGGCAGCUUCGGCAAGGUGUUUUUAGCCGAGCUGAAAAAAAGCGGGCACUUUUACGCAGUGAAGGCUCUAAAAAAGGACGUGGUGCUGAUGGACGAUGAUGUCGAGUGCACCAUGGUGGAGAGGAGGGUCCUCUCUCUUGCCUGGGAAAACCCUUUCCUCACACACCUUUACUGCACCUUCCAGACCAAGGAGAACCUGUUCUUUGUGAUGGAGUAUCUGAAUGGAGGGGAUCUCAUGUUCCACAUCCAGAACUGCCACAAGUUUGACUUGCACAGGGCCACCUUCUAUGCAGCUGAGACCAUCUGUGGGCUCCAGUUCCUGCACUCUAAAGGAAUCAUUUACAGGGAUCUGAAGCUGGAUAAUGUGCUGCUGGACUCUGAGGGUCAUAUCAAGAUAGCAGACUUUGGCAUGUGUAAGGAGAACAUGCAGGACGAGUCACGCACCGCCACCUUCUGUGGGACACCCGACUACAUCGCUCCAGAGAUCCUGCUGGGUCAGAAGUACAACAGCUCAGUGGACUGGUGGUCGUUUGGAGUGCUGCUGUACGAGAUGCUGAUUGGUCAGUCUCCGUUCCACGGCCGCGAUGAAGAGGAGCUGUUUCAGUCCAUACGCACGGACAACCCCGUUUACCCCCGCUGGCUCACCAAAGACGCCAAGGACAUUCUGGUCAAGCUGUUCGUGAGGGAGCCCGAGGAGCGCCUGGGAGUGAAGGGAAACAUCAGACAGCACAAUUUCUUUAGCAGCACUGACUGGAACUCCGUGGAACAACGGAAGGUGGCGCCGCCCUUCACGCCAACAUUAACGUCGCCCAGUGACUGCAGCAACUUUGACAAAGAGUUUAUCAACGAGAAGCCCCGGCUGUCGUGUGCCGACCGGACGCUCAUCAACAGCGUUGACCAGACAAUGUUCAGGAACUUCUCCUUUGUCAACCCGGGGAUGGCUCGCAACGCAGCCCGCUGACAAUGAGACCAACAACCUACUACCUCACAAGCAAGCCGCUCAGACACAAACAGCACUUACUGGAACUUAAACAAACUGCAGAGACUUUAGACCAGGAAUGUCCCAAAACUUAACUGUAUCGGAAAACAUGAUGAUAACCACUAAAGGGGGUGCCCUGGGUGUAAGGCACAUACAACACAACUGUGACGGGAUCUUUGUUGCAUGUCUUUUCGGUCUCUAAAUUUGAAAUAUAAAGAUAACCACAAAAAUAUUUUUUAAAACAGACAAACAAAAACUGCGGAGACAGAGAGGCAAAGAACAUAUAUACCAAGAUAUAAAAAUGAUCAGUCCGUUACAAUGCCUGAUAUAUAAUUCGUCUUAGGUAGUGGCAUAUAAUUACCUAUACGCUUCCAUCUUAAAGCAGUCCCUCCAGGAUUUCACGAUGAAUUCAACCAAUCACCGGGACUUUGGUGCGACUCGGGAUUUUGAUCAAUCACCGCAACUUUUUCACAAAUUUGACCAAAAACCAUUUGCCGCGACUUUGUAUUCGUAUGCAAAUCUGAGAGCCAAUGACCAAGCGGGAGUGAGAACGGGUUGACGUCACACACGUUUGUGGCCAAAUUCAGACGAGACGCAUGUGACUCGAACAUCUCACAUUUACCAACAAAACGUACAGCGAAAAACAUGACACACCGUCCUGCCAACCUGUAAACAUUUUAACAUCGCUGUAACGAUUUUUCCCUCUGAAGUCGUUGAAAGCGGCGGCUGUUUCAAUCUUCUCGGCUCUCUGCAGCGGGCGGGGCUGCUCCGUUCCCCCAGCACACACGAUGGAUGCAGGAAAAAACGAAGAUGAGACGUGCAGGAUGACCUAAACUGAGGACAGCUAUGCUCGUUAUUGUAAGUGCAACGAUGAGUUAAAGUCCAAUAAAUCCUUUAUCAAACCGUAUGAAUGCGUCCCAGGCCAGGAUAGGAAAUUAAGUGCCACUGACACUUAUGUUCAAAUUUGAUUCAUUCAAUAAAUUAUUUUUUAUCUUAAAUCCACCAGCUAUUUUCAUAUUAUACCAACAUUUUUUUGGUAAGGUUACUAGGAAAACUCAGGCUACAGUAGUUUUAUUCUCCCCAAAACAAGUUUCCUUUUUAUUUUUAAAGAACUAUAUAAAAAAAAUCGCAACUUCAUUUUAGGCCGCCGCAAUCUCAAAAAUAGGCCGCAAAAUCCUGGAGGGACUGACAGAGUAUUCAACUCCCUAAACUUGCCUUUGUGCUUAUCAGGGUGUCUUUAUUAAUAGACAAUGUGUUGUAAUGAACGUAUGGUGCCUCAUAAUACUUUAUGAAGUUUACUUUUUCAAGCAAAGCAAACUGAGAAAAUUGGUUACACCAAAUUAGAGCUAUUGUCCUGUUGUUUUAUUUGCUGCCCUAUUCCAUAGCUUAAUGAGUCUUUUACCUCCAUGUUAGGUACAGAUGUUAAAAUAUAAUUAAACAACCCUUGGUCAUGUAAAUAAAUGUAAUGUAAUUCUGUCGAUAUACUGUACUGUCAGUUGGAUGUAGAUCUGUUAUGAUGGUGAUGUGUAGCAGGUUUUCUUUAUGUACCUCAGGAGUUUUCAUAGAUGCUAUAAUUUGGAUCAGGUACUUAGAUCAGCUGCAUACUGUAGUUUUUAUUGAUCUCUUCAUUGUGAAUCCUGUACAAUAAAAUGUCUGUUUUUUUUAGA